AAAUUAUUUUCUCUCUUUCGUCCUUGUCCAAUCACACGCGUUUGCGCUGAUUAGUGCCAUGGAGACAGAACGUUGGCCGAUCCAGGUCGGGUAUAAAGGGCCGCAGCUCACUCUGAUCUCCCCUUUGCAUCCGGACUUUGACACACAUUGACCUUUUGCAAAACAAACUUUGGCAAACUUUUGUCGUUUUAAAGCGCUCGAGAGAAUCUAAUUUGUUGUAAAACAAAUCUCGUUUACCACUGAACUGCUGUGCAACAUCCAAGAGCUCAACCAUGGUCUUCGACCUGCGUUUCCACCCUGAUGGACGAAUGGUCGCUGAGGAUGCGGAGCGUCUUUUACAGCAUUUACAGGGAGAAGAAGAUGAGCCCUCUCCUCCCGUCUCCUCUGAUGAAGAAAGUGAAGAGGACAGUUCACUAAUAGAGUCCGACGAGGAGGACUGGUUUGACUCUACCAGUGAAGACUCUGGCUACGGCUCCCUGUCUGAGGGGGAAGAGGAGGAAGAGGAUGAAGAGGAGGAAGAGGAUGAAGAGGAGGAAGAGGAUGAAGAGGAGGAAGAGGACAACGUCCGACCCCACUCCCCUCUCUCCCAGCAGCUCCCUCCUAGAGGUUCCUGGAAGUUUCUUAUGUCUCUUCCUUUUGGUGCCGCGCCUCCUUUUGGUUCCUUGCCUCCUCCACGCUCAGAAGAGUCUGCUCCCCCAACCUCAGGCCUUGGCACCUCCACCAAGAGAAGCAGGGACGAGAGCCACGAGGAGUUGGUAAGUAGCAAGAGGCAGAAGCUCACCUCUGAGGAACCAGCAGCCACGCCUCCUGCAACCAGGAGCACAGAAGAGGACAGGGACUCCAGACCCUCCACUUCUUCAGGCCUGGGCCCCUCCAACAGGACAUCCUGGCUCCCUCCUUUCCUUCACCGAAGGGAUGAUGACAGCGACUCCGACUAG